AUGGAAAAAUUUUUAUAUCUCGCUGUGCUAUAUUUCGUCAUUGGAUUGACAUUAGCUUUUCCUGGUGAUUUUCUUUUAUCAUUUUUUAAUCUUGGUAAAUAUUUUCGUGCUCGUACUCCAACAAGCAUCUGUAAAAAUACUACAAUAUCCCAAUCAUAUCUUUCUCAAAUACUUUCUCUUAUUAAUAAUCUUCAAGCAGAUUCAUUGUAUAAUUCAGUUUUACAAAUACAAAUGGCUAAUGUUGUUUCAUAUUUACAAGAUACAACGAAUCAAGCAUUGCUAUUAACGAAUUGUACAACUUUUGUGACUAAUUUAAAGGCAGCUAAAUCAGUAGACAAAACAGCUGAACGUACAAGACAACAAAUUGCUUCCGAUAUUCACAGACCAUUCCAACAAGUUGUACGUAAUGCAACUAGAAGCAAUGCACCCUAUGAAUUCGAUAGCGAUGAAGACAUCGAACAUCUUUUUUAA